ACAAAUCCGACUAGGAGCCAUGAGGUUUCGGGUUCCAUCCCUGGGCUCGCUCAGUGGGUUAAGGAUCCGGCAUUGCCGUGACCUGUAGAGUAGGUCGCGGACGCGGGUCCAGAUCCAGAUCCGUUGCCGUGGCUCUGGUGUAGUAGGCCAGCUGCUGUAGCUCUGAUUCAGCCCCUAGCCUGGGAACUUCCAUGUGCCACAGGUGCGGCCCUAAAAAACAAAAAAAAGAAUUGUGAAACACCAUGUUCUACACCUGGAACUUACAUAAUAUUGCACAUAGCUCUACCUCAAAACAGCCUAUCAUAGCGCACUGGAUGCGCGGCUCAGAGGCGGUACCCCGACAGACCCAACCGGACCGAGGGAAGGAGCGAGGAAGGCAAGCCGGGCGUGCCCGGCUCUUCCGCCCCGCGCCCGGAAGGGUGAUGCGGCUGGGCCUUCGCAGGCCUCACUCUGCCGUUUUCAACUUUCAGAGUCUGUGGACUGUCAUCUUGCUGCUUAUAUGCACCUGUGCUUAUAUCCGAUCCUUGGCACCCAGCCUCCUGGACAGAAAUAAAACUGGAUGGUUGGGUAUGUUUUGGAAGCGCGCUAUUGGUGAACGGAAGAGCCCUUAUGUCGCAGUUUGCCGUGUUGUGACCUUCAGCAUCCUCUUCAUACAGGAGCUUGGAAAAAUUGAUUUGCUGUUUGAAGUUGGCUACGUCACUGAGCUCCUGGGCACACUGGAAAUGGUGCCACUGCCUGGUCUGCUGCCCAGGUUAGUGUGGAGGUCAAAUGAGAAAAUGAAUGGAAAGAAAUGUGACAUGCUUUUAAGGGGGGCGCUCAUGGUGCCUUCUGCAGACCCGGAGGAGCUUAGUCCCCCAGACUGGCUUGUGUCUGAAGACUGCCUAGUGGCUCAGAGGGACACCAAUGACAGCACCUCCAGCCUCCCUCUCACCUUUGCCAGCUGCCUCGUGGUCAUGACACUAGUCACAAGAAGGGCAGAAAGUGGCAGCAUCACCCCUCCCAAGCCAGCUACUCCUGCCUAUUGGAUUCCCAGACUGUCCCUCUGA